AAAUAAUAACAGAAAACCAGAAGUAGUUGUAGUAGUGUCUAGAACCCAACUCAAACCAUCCAUCAAUGGCUGCCAAUCACUCACUCUUUUCCACAUUCUACAGCACCUCUCCAUCUUCACAAACUCUUCCUUCUUCAUCCACAAAACUACUUUCCAUCUCCAAAACAAUCUCUCUUCACAGACCACAAACUCAUCAUAAUAUUAUCUGUUCUCACCAAUUACUAGUGCCACAAAGAUCCCCUGUCACCAAGUUUCUUGAAUCCUGCUUACUGUUUUCAACUUCAGUAGCUCUUUCUGUUUCGAUAUUCGCCACCAAUGUCGACCCAGUUGCCGCUUUCGUUGUAGCUACUCCUAGAAAGUUGCAGACUGAUGAGCUAGCUACUGUUAGACUGUUCCAGGAUAACACUCCUUCUGUUGUCUACAUCACUAACUUGGCCUCAAAGCAGGAUGCAUUUACUCUGGAUGUAUUGGAAGUGCCUCAAGGUUCUGGAUCAGGUUUUGUUUGGGACAGAAAUGGUCAUGUUGUUACUAACUAUCAUGUUAUUCGCGGGGCAUCUGACCUAAGGGUAACUCUUGCUGACCAGACAACUUAUGAGGCUAAAGUUGUUGGGUUUGACCAAGAUAAGGAUGUCGCAGUAUUGCAUAUUGAUGCACCACAAGAAAAAUUAAGACCAAUACCAAUUGGCGUGUCGGCUGACUUGCUUGUUGGGCAAAAAGUGUUUGCUAUUGGAAACCCCGUGAGUGUGUUUGGGCUUGAUCACACACUUACAACUGGUGUCAUUAGUGGGCUAAGGAGAGAAAUCAGUUCUGCAGCAACUGGGCGUCCGAUUCAAGAUGUUAUUCAGACAGAUGCUGCAAUCAACCCCGGUAACAGUGGAGGACCACUUCUUGAUAGCUCGGGAAACCUUAUUGGUAUAAAUACAGCUAUAUACUCUCCAUCUGGUGCAUCAUCUGGUGUUGGUUUUUCCAUUCCAGUCGAUACAGUGGGGGGAAUUGUUGACCAGUUGGUUCGAUUUGGGAAAGUUACAAGGCCCAUUUUAGGAAUCAAAUUUGCACCUGAUCAGUCGACAGAACAACUAGGAGUCAGUGGGGUGCUAGUCUUGGAUGCUCCUCCAAAUGGUCCAGCAGGAAAAGCGGGCAUGCUAUCAACAAAACGUGACAAUUUUGGCAGACUCAUAUUGGGUGAUAUUAUAACAUCUGUAAAUGGCAAAAAGGUUACUAAUGGAAGUGAUUUAUACAGAAUUCUUGACCAAUGCAAAGUGGGUGAAACUGUAACGGUUGAGGUACUGCGCGGUGACCAUGUACAAAAGAUACCUGUGGUACUUGAACCGAAGCCCGAUGAAACAUGAUAUAUCUUUGAAUGAGGUUGGGUUGUGAAAUUAUUCGUACUUAUAAACAGAUGUAUGGGUUUAUUAUUGGACUCGUAUUGGUGUAACUGAAAAUCAUUUGUUCUGCGACCAUGAGGUCAUAUCUGAAUGCAAUGUUAUAUUUACUUCA